AUGUCAGCGGCUCAGCUAUCCACGCGUACCAGUUCGUCUGCUCAGCGAUCAUCGAUGGAUCGCACACGCAUUUCCACAAACCACUCAGCUGCACCAUCAUCCUCGCCGGGUCUCCAGCAGGCCAAGCCCGAGAAAAUGAGAAAGAGACUCCAAAAGAACCCUUCCCGGCGGUCGGCCUCCAGUAACCUGUCGUUGAGUUUCAAGGCUGGUGCCAAUCCUGUGGUACAGCAAACGAUACAACCCAUCGCUUCGUCUCCCCGCGUGCCGCCAGAUCUGAGUGAUGCCAAAUGGCAAGAGUACCUACGGCGGAGUGGCAUGUUGGCGAUGGACUCAUCGUCACCGUUGCCAGGACUUAGUCCUCUUCAGGAACGAGCCGAUGCCAGCAACGUCGAGCAGACACCAACGAUCAUACCGGAAUUCAAACAUCUCGCUGUUAACAACACACCUCCUCGGCCGCUUCUUAAUAGUUUUGGUGUCAACUCUCCGACCUCUUCAACUUCGACGGCUUCCAGUGUCAGGCGUCAGGCAAAGACCCCGGUCACAUCCAUUGGCCAGCUGGAGGCAGGCUCAUUCGGGCGGCACUCCACCGAAGCCAGGAAAGCCACGAGCGUUGACCUCAUUGCGGCCCAGUAUCAAGCUCUCCUCGAGCCCAGUGAUACGGAUUCCAUAUACACGGACUGUUACUCAGAUCCUCCGCCACGCUCCGAACGACGACUGACAUCGUCGGGAACGAGGCGGCAACACAGCUCGGAGGAAGUCCCACCGCAGAAUGUCAUUGCCGUCCCACCAACGCGUCGAAAUACACAGGCCCAUUCGCCCACCUCGGACGACGGCACUUUGGUCGGCUUUGACGAGGAGGCGAUCUACUUUAAGCCCUUGUCAUUCUCGCCAGGACCGCCUUCCAGAAUAGCCCUUUUGUGGAUGGCGAAAUACCUUAUUGAUGUGAUUGAGUGA